UCAUCUAAUGAGGCCGAAAACCUGAACUACUCUCAAAGCUCAUGUUAUAUCUGCCAAAUUCCCUCAAUCGAAGAUUAUUAUCGAAGGUGACUCAAGCAUCGUUGUCAACUGUCUUCGGACCACCUAGAUCAGAUUUAUGAGUGUCGGGAGAUUCGCACUCGCAGGAAUCACAACCUUAAAUUGACUUGAGAUUCGCAGGAAUCACAACCUUAAAUUGACUUGAGAUUCGCAGGAAUCAAAUUUUGCAACAGAUGGAUUGUCAGUGUCUCAGAUUUUAAGUUAGUUAGAUUUGGCGUCAUGAUUCUUUCUGGUUGUUGUUUGUUUGCAGUAGUUAGUUCCGGACCUAUGAAGAAAAAAAUAGAGUACGAGAAAUUAAAAGGAAAAAAGAUUCGGAAUCGACGGCUACAAAUGGAUUGCUUAUGGCUUCAGUUUGAAUUCUCGAUGUGAAAAGCGAAAUCUUUCCCACUUUUAAUUUAUUCCCGAAAUUACCCCUUCAUGUAUUCACGAAACUCAACUGCUAUAGUGCUAUCAUCCUUUGUUUCUUUUGGGUUGACUGCUUCUCAUCCUCAGCCAGUCAGCCUUCUUCCUUCCACGCAAAGGUGGGGUGAACUGUGAACGGGGCCAAAUGGCCAAUCACCGACUUAUGGUAUUUCAAAGCCAUUAUCAAGAAGGGAUUGGAGUGAACUUACAAAUCUAUUUGCCUAAAUCGACUCGACGGUUAGCUGUUCAAAGGUAAUCUAAGAUAAUGGAGGAGGCAGAGGGUAGUAAGAGGCAGAAGCUAUCUGUCACACGAGGAGAUGGAUCUCAAAUCCUAGUAAGAGAAACCCGUGAUUUGCUUAGCGGUUUACAUGACGAUCUGCUUCACCAUAUCAUGUCUUUCAUGUCAAUGGAAGAGAUUAUUCGGACCGGCUUCUUGUCAAGACGAUGGAGAUACUUGUGGAGAAAUAUCCCUUUUCUGGACUUUGCAUUAAGGCCAUCGAAUGAAGAGGAUAGACACACAGGAGAGCGUAGGGUUUCUUUUGUUGAAACUUUACUUUUCCGUCACAAAGGUUCCAGGGUUAAAAAAUUGUGCAUUAACGUAGAUACUUACUACAUCAACAAAUAUCAAGUUGAUUCAUGGAUUGAUUAUGCAUUAGAUGGUGAUGUGGAGGAACUCGAUCUAGAUUUUUCUGCUGAAGAUUUUCCAGGAAGUUAUUUACCUGGAGAUGAAUUAUUAUAUGAUUUACCUCCUGCUAUUUAUAGAUGUGAAACAUUGCAAAGCUUAAAAUUAUGUUGCUGUGAUCUCAAUCUUCCUACUUCCAUACAUUUAAGAUCACUCAAAACCUUGUGUCUUACCGCUGUUGAUUUACCUACAAAUGCAAUUAGUGCUCUGACUUCUAAUUGUCCAGUACUUGAAGAGUUGUCAUUGAAGCAUUGUAAUAUUUAUCUGAACCUCAACAUCUCUAUUCCAACUAAGCAUCUCAACAUCUUGCGCAUUAUUGAUCAAGUUGAUGAAUUUUUUGAUGACACUGAAAUGGUGAUUGAUGUUCCUAAUCUGCUUUCUCUGGAAUGGAAAGGAUGCCUCUUAAGAGAUAAAUAUCAUAUUAAGCGAUUGUCGUCUCUCUUGAAAGCUAGAUUUGAUCUUGAAGAUGCUUUGCCUGAUAAACUGGAAUUGUUUCUUCAUAGUCUUCAUCAUGUUCAAGAUCUUACAAUUGACUGUGUAUUUAUUCAGAUGUUGUCUACAUGGGAGGUGCAAAACAAAGAUCCCCUUCGUCUUAAUGUCAAAUGUCUCGAACUGAAGACGGGAUUAACAAAAUGGGAGCUCCCCGGAAUUCUCUAUUUGUUAAGGAGCUCUCCUGAGCUAGAGACUCUUGUUAUAAAUAUUACCUCGUCUCCAAAUAUUGAUAUUGAUGAUGAAAUUGAGAAUCAAUAUGAUUUCAGUGAAAGAGAGUAUUGGAGAUCUCAAGAACAUUGUUUUUCUUCUCUCAUGCGGAAUGUCAGGACUAUUAAGAUAUACAACUUUUUCAAGGGAUGGUGCAUAUACCAAGAGGAGGAAGAUGAUUGUAGUGCUGUCAAAGAACUAUUUAAGAGUCAUGAACAUGAAAUUGAGCUCAUUAGGGUUUUGCUACAAUAUUCUGAUGUCCUCGAGAGGAUGAUUAUUAGCAAAGAUUGCAAUGGUUGUGUUGGUGAGAAUAGAUCCCAGAUACCUUUUAUGGUUACUGUGAAGGUUAUAAAUUUCCCUAGAACCUCUCCAAAUGCUGAUAUCAUUUUCUCAAACUUUUAGAAUUUAGACUCCUUGGCUCUGGUUGUAGUCCUUGUUGUUGUUCAUUUAUCAACAAUACUUUCACCAAUCAGGAUGUGUACUUUUUCCACAUAUGGAGAUGGAUUUUUCUUCUGUUCAUUUGUGCCACCACUGCUGAUUACCACUUCUGGUUUUGAUAGGACUCCUAAGCAAUCAGCGAUGCAUGCAGUUGUUUUGAUUAUAUCAACUGGACUAAUAGUUGCUCUUGUUGGUUGUUUUCUCAUUAAUUAAACCACAAGUACUUUGAACUGGGUAAUUGGAAUUUAUCGAUCUGCUUUUCCUUUGCUUCAAAAGAUGGCAUGGUGCUCAUUUGUGGUCCAUCAAAUAGCUGGCUUCAGAUCGAGUCAUCCGACAUAUGCCAGUUACUACACUACACAUGAAAACGAAAUAGUUGGAUCCUUCUGUUUGAAGAGACACUGAGAUGACAUUCUCAUUUUCUGGUUUGGUUCAUCUAAACCUUCCUCUGAUUAGGCCUUGCUGAAGACCUGAAAUGACAUUGCUAGAAUUUAUUUUGUUCAGUACAAAUAAGAAUUUCUUCAAGCAUCUCAGCUAGGAACUGCAUUUCAAUGGGGUGUCCAGUGCAGUUCUACAAUAAAUUCUGAGAAGUUAUGUGUGGAUAUCAUGAAAGUCAUGGAAAGUGUCUAUACAAGGUCUAUUUUGAAAGAAGUGCUAAUUCCAAUUCGUUGUACUAAUCAACUCUUCGGAUCGUGUUUGUGAAGGCAAGUGGCUUCAGGCACUUCUUGAUUGUUAAUGGAAUGAUUGGGUUCAAGAAACAGAAGUGGCAUCACAAAGAUCCUAUGCAAGAUUGACAUGGAAAAUGCACUACUAGAAUAUAUACAUUUAGAGGCUCCUGCCCAGAGGCGGUCCAAAAUAAAUGCCUUUAAUAACAUAUUAAAGAAGGCAACUUCAUCUAUUUGUUAUAGAGGCAUUUUUUGAUGCCUCAAUCGUUAGAUUUUUACCUCUCAUAUUUGGCGGACAAAAAUGGAAGAGUUGUUGUUUUGUUUGAAGGUUUGGAACCCCAAAAAAAGUCAGGAACGAAAGUCUUCUUUGAGUGACUCUUUUCUUCCUCUCUCAAAGCAAACAUCCUGCCCUCUCCCCUUUCUUCCUCCUCCCUUCUCUGGCUGAUUAGUCCACAAACCGAUUGGGGAUUGACAAUCAAUUGUUGAAGGCAAGAGCUUUGGACUGAAAUCUAGGUUUUCUUCCCUAAGCAAACUAUCUCUCCGAUGUCUUUCUCUUUGAUGUUUUUCUCUCUAGCGACCAUCUCUCUCCGGCAGCUUUCUCUCUGACAUUUUUCUCUCCUGUGGCUUUCUCUUUCCAACGGCUAUCUAUCUUCUGCGAAUUGUGAUCAAUCAUCCAAAGACACAAAAUCAUUGGAAUAGCUGGGUGAAGGAACAUCUCUUGGAGCUGAACUUGUCUCUCUUAUGGUUCAAAGUUAGCACAUGCUCCAGGCUAUAGUUGGUUGCUAGGGGAAGGGGACUGGCCCAGGGGAAGGAACAUCACUUGUAGACCUUUGUCUCAUUCUCAUACAAUUAGAGUUCAAGCUGUAAAAAAGAAAAAAAAAAAAAGAACUCAGUCUUGCAUGUGGAAAAUCACCUUGCUUCAGGUAUUGGGGGCUUUAAUAGUUUCCCUCCAUUGCCUCAAGAAUAACCUAGGGGUUUGGGUGCUUA